AUGCACGAGCCAAAAGGUCUCAAUGUGCCCAAAAUCAAACUCCAUGGCAGGGCUGUGCCAGCCUGCCUCCCAGGAGGACCUAUCAAAAGGAGAGUCGACGUCGUCCAGCAAAAGUUCAACCUCCUUGACACUUUUCAGCUUGUCAAUAAGCUCAAACAAGAAGUUCGAGACAUAUCCCUUCAAGCAGGGAACCGCCAGCCGCUUCGGCAUCAACAUCGUGGCAAUAUGAUCAAGAACGACUGUGUGCAGCGGUGCUGGAAUCGGGGGUGGGCCGACGGCUGUGUCGUAGGUCUUGGAGGCACGGAGGGCGCGCAGUCUGGCGGGGGAGGCGAUCGCUAUCCCACUGCGUAUGUGUGGUGA